AUGUCAUCCAAACGAUCCAGCAUUGGCGUGCAUCUCAUGAGCACACGUCAUCGACUCGAGCUGCAGGAACUGUUUGAGGCACUUGACAAGGACAAAGACGGCAAGGUAUCACCCACCGACUUGGAAGCUAUGCUAAACACGGCGGGUGUGGCUGCAGGCACCAGUACAGUGCCAUCCAUGCUUAAAAACAUCCAUACCGAUUCAAAUGGCAACUUGGAUUUUGACGAGUUUGCACGGCUGAUGCGACCCACGCUACACAACCCUUUGCGGCUGACAAAGAAGCAGCAAGAGCUCAAGGAGGCGUUUGAUGCGUUUGACCAAGAUGGGGAUGGUACUAUCAAUGCCACGGAGUUGAUGGCUAUGAUGCAGCAGUUGGGUGACAGGGUAACACUACAAGAAGCCGAGCAAAUGAUAAAGGAAGCUGAUCACGACCAGGAUGGUGUUAUUGAUUUGGAUGAGUUUACAAGAAUGAUGGGUGUACGUCCACCUUCUGAACCUGCCACUGUUUCAUCCCCCACAUCACCUGUUGCUUCCUCCGAUACGACAACAUGUCCUGUCCAUCAUCGACAACAUCACCGUUAUUCUGUCAGAAAGUUCUUUUGCAAAUGCCACAAUAACAGCUCGUAG